AAAUGAAGUCUUGUUUAGUCACUGAUGCUGGAUCUGUUCCUUAAACCAGCCAUGUGGAUCUUCUUCUCCGGAAGGGAAAGUAGGAAAGGGUUUUGAGGCCGUGGAAAGUGAUAGAAAAUCGACAGUGAGAAAAAAAUGGAUUUUGACGAGCACGAGGACCAAGAGGAAGAAAUGGGCAUGGCGGCACCACCUGGGUAUGACACGCUGGGGAACUCGGGUCGGCCGAAUAUGGGUCCUGCUGGAGCCGGCGAAGGUGGGUCAGCAACGGGGAGGAAGGGAAUCAAGUACCGGGAGUGCCUCAAGAACCAUGCUUUGAGUAUUGGAGGCCACGCGGUGGAUGGUUGCUGCGAGUUUAUGGCGGCGGGGGAGGAAGGUACGCUGGAUGCUUUUAGGUGCGCCGCGUGUAAUUGUCAUAGAAACUUUCACCGCAAGGAAGGUGACGGUGAUGGGGUUUAUCACCAUCCUCAGCACAUCUCACAGUUCUCCCCUUACUACCGGACACCGCCACCGGCUGGGUACCUGCACCUGACGCAUCCUCCACAGCACCGGCCGUUAGCACUUCCGGGCACUUCGGGAGGAGAUGGAGGCGUUGGAGGUGGGGGUUACAACAGAGAAGAAGAGGAUAUGUCGAAUCCGAGCAGCAGUGGUGGCGGAGGGAGUGGGGCGUUGAAGAAGAGAUUCAGAACCAAAUUCACCCCGGAGCAGAAGGAAAAGAUGCUGACCUUCGCAGAGACACUCGGAUGGAGGAUUCAGAAGCAUGACGAGUCAGCUGUGGAGCAAUUUUGUGAAGAAACAGGUGUAAAGAGGCCUGUACUCAAGGUCUGGAUGCAUAACAACAAGCACACCCUUGGUAAGAAACCCUAAUUUCCAUAAAAAUGAAAAUGAAGCUCGCAUUGGCCAUGUGAAUUCAUUACAGAUUCUGCUAGGGUUCUUAUAUUAUUUUCUUCAUUUUGAUAAAUUUAUGUUGUGUUUAUGAGUUAGAUAAGCUUAUUCUAUUUCAAGGGACACUGCUCAAACUCGAUUUAGCUGCUUCUUCUAACCGGAAUUUCUUUGAUUAAUUAAGGGUUUUUUUAGCU